UCUAACGCUCCCUUUUACCAUCCCCUCUCCAUCCCACGACUCAAAAUGGCUGCCCGUAGCGCCGCUCUCAAGAUCGACUGGGUCAAGACGACCAGCUCUCUCGGCCUCCGCGGCCAGACCGCUGCCUCUCUGCAGGCCUUCAAGAAGCGUAACGAUGAUGCGCGCCGCAAGGUUCAGCUCCUUUCUGAGCAGCCCCAGACCGUCGACUUCGCCCGCUACCGCAGCAUUCUGAAGAACCAGGCCAUUGUUGACGAGAUUGAGAACAACUUCAAGAACUUCAAGCCCGCUACCUACGACCUUGACCGCCAGCUGAAGGCUAUUGACGCCUUCGAGGCCCAGGCUAUCCAGAGCGCUGAGCAGACCAAGGGCAAGGUUGAGGCUGAGCUCCGCAACCUCCAGAAGACUCUCGAGAACAUCGAGACCGCCCGGCCCUUCGACGAACUCACUGUUGACGAGGUUGCUGCUGCUCAACCUGAGAUCGACGAGAAGACUGCCGCCAUGGUCCAGAAGGGACGAUGGAUGCCCGCCGGAUACAAGGAGCGCUUCGGCGACAUGUCCGUCGUCUAAACUGGUGUAUCUUGUAUCUUUUUUGUUACCCUGAACCUCGACCAAGUCAUCACACGACAAACAAUCCCUCCAGUCAAGCGUAUUUAGCUCCAUACCUGGCAGUGUGAUCCGUUGUCGGGUUGUGUAUAGAACCUGUUCAAUCUAGAAUCCUUUCAAGUUU